CCCACUCCAGGAGCCCACGACCGAGAGGGAUUUGCCUGACUAGUGAGAGGGGGAAACUUUUUUUUUUUGAGCCGUUAAAACAGAUAAAAAAGGGGGAGGACAUGGGCGGUGCAUGACGACAAGAGGGAGACUUUCCAAGGGAGAGAGAGAGGUUGGACCGGGCCUCGUCCUAAGUGUAGCCCGAACCUCCUUCUACACUUCCACGGCUAACUCAACUCACUAAAAAAACCGAUCCUCCUAAAUAACACCUUUCGGACAAUUUACACGUGAGGGGGGGAACGAUGUUGUAGGCGUGUUGUAAUUGUAGUCGCCUUAAAAAAAAAAAAAACAAGGAGCCCAAGGAAAAGUUAGGAAAAACCGGUUUUCCCUGGUCCAUUAGCACCGCUUUUGUGUUUGUGAAUGGCGGAGUAAUUCGUCUGCUGACAGCACCAAUUGUCCUGCACAAGUGAACGUCCCAAGCUGCUGGCUCCCUCGCUAUCAAAGCAGCUCAGAUGGACCUGAGAUAACACCCGCAGCCAGUCUACCUCGCAUCCUGCUCUUCUUCUGGACCUGAAACCCCAGAAUGGCAGAUCCCACCAGGCUAAGCUCAGAGCCGGUGGGGACCGGCAAUGCCGAAGUCGACGCCUGUAGCUUGGAGAUUGAGAGGAAGUAUGACAUCAUCCCAGCUGUCAUCUGCUCCAUGUGUUGCCUCUUUGGCAUCAUCUACUGCUUCUUUGGUUACCGUUGCUUCAAGGCGGUCAUGUUCCUGUCCGGUCUGAUGUUCGGCUCUGUUAUCAUCUUCCUGCUGUGCCACAAGGAGCAUGUGCUGGACACUCAGCUCAGCGUGGAGGCCAGCGCCGGCAUCGGCCUCGGUAUCGGCCUGCUCUGCGGCCUGGUCACCAUGAUGGUGCGCAGCGUGGGCCUCUUCAUGACGGGCCUCCUGCUGGGCCUCCUCUUGGCUCUGGCCGCUCUGCUGCUCACUCUGCAGUUCUACACGCCCACCACGGUGUGGGUGCCCCUGGGCGCCCUGCUCGGAUCGGGGAUGCUGUUCGCCGUUCUGACGCUGCAGUGGCAGAAGUUGUUCACCGUCCUCUCCACGGCAGUGUUCGGCGCCGCCAUCAUGACGGUGUGCGCCGACUACUUUGUGGAGAUGCUGGCUUUGGCCUCGCACGUGUACGGCUGCCUGCGUCUCUCGCCGGGUCCGCCGCUCUGCUGGUACAGUUUGGUCAUUCUGGGCAUCUGGCCCACCCUCAGCCUACUCGGAGUCCUGGUCCAGUGGAAACUGACGGACGGCAGGUUCUCCCACACCGAGGUGGUUUUAAGUCGGCGUCAGAAGAGAGUGCAGCUGAUGCGCAUUCGAGAGAAGGACGCCAGGAAGCGACAGCAGGCAGGUGGGCAGGAAGGCACAUACCGCCGUAAAGCCACCCCAGUGAAACGUUACGCUGGGGACCUUCUGGCACCGAGCUACCUGCAAAGUCUGCGGGACAGACAAAUGGGCACCGGCACCUCCCUUAGUAGCCAGAGCACCACCAACCACACUAUGAUUGACUUGGACUGUGACACGGGCUCCACGGUGCCCCUCACAGCUACAACUCCCGUCGUCAGGGUCUGAGCAAACCAUUUUUAAAAGAGGAGAGAAAAAAAAGGGGACAUUCUGGUUCCGUUUACGUGCUUGUGAUGUUCUGAAGAACUUGUGAGAAUGUUUUGUUGUUGAUCCGCAUGUGAAUAGAGGAUUACCAGUGGAGAGGGAUGCUGCUUUGUUUUUUUUGUUUUAAUUGGGAAUGAAGAACAUUGAAAGCCACUACAACCGCGGUGCUUCUUAGAGGAACAAGACACAAACCACACAAGGUUCUCUAGUUUCUCCCAUCGUGCAUUGACCACAUAACAGAGCCUGAGGUGCAUUUCUAUCAGUUAGUAAAUCUGACAUGUACUGUACUUCAAAAGUUAAGUCGCAUUGCCUUUAAGUGUUGCGUUUUUACUGUUUCUCAUUGAAGGAUGUGUGAUUUUUAUUACCUUUUAGCUGCAAUGUGUCAGAAGGGUGACAAGUAUGUCAUAGUGAAGCAAAACUCAUUGGUGAUUGCGUUCAAGCUUUUUUUUCUUUUAGUUGUACUCAGAUUUUUUUUUUUUGGUGAAGUUUUAGUCUGCGUGUGCUUGUCAAACGUUAUAAUUUAUUUGUCAUACAACCAAGUACAAGGUAGUGAUGUU